CCCACUAUAUUAACACGAGAAUACAUAUUGAAUAUUUUCUUUAUGUGUUCUCACAUUUGCGAACAGACUGUCUCUGCUGCUCCGGACAUCGGCAGACUUUUGUUGUACAAAUCUUUGGCGGGUGUAGCCAGGGUUUUUUCAUUGCAACACAAACAGCAGCAAAGACCCUUGAGAUGAAGGCAAAGAAGAAGAAGAGGCAGGAUGAUUUCCAGAAGGUCAAGUUAAAGGUGGGAAAGAAGAAGCCUAGGGCUGAUAAUGCCACCAACACCAAUUUCCGUACAAAGGGAAUCCAACUAUCUGAACAGCUGAAGAGAGACACUAGUGGACCCACAACACACAGACAUCUUGGUAUUAAUGAUCUCCUAUCUCAGCUCCAUCAUUACAAUGCCAAUGUAAAACAUAGUGCCUUGCUGGGUUUGAAGGAACUGCUUUCCCUCAAUCCUUCAUUGUUAGAGCAGCAACUCUCUCGAUUGCUGUCUGAAGUGGCAGCUGUCUUCACAGACAAGGAUGCCAAUGUUCGUGUGGCUACCACACGUUUGCUCAGGUUCAUUGCACAAUCUGUGCCUGCAGAACGAGUGGCUCCUUUUUUCCCACUCCUCAGUGCCCACUUGUCUUGUGCCAUGACCCACAUUGAAACAGGCAUCCAGGAGGAUGCCAUGAAGGUCUUGGAUGUUCUGCUGGAACACUACCCUGCACUCCUGGCAGCACGCCCUGCUGUACUCCUUACCAACUUCCUAGAGCUGAUCUCUCACAAACAAAGUGGGGGAGGAACCAAAAAGACCCAGGAUGCUAAAGGACGGACCUGGUCAUUGUCAGUCAACCCUAGUCGGACUGUGACUAGCCAGCAGUGGCGUUUGAUGUUGGUGUUUAGGCUUGGCCGCUUUUUGCAGGCAGUAGUUGAGGAAAGACCAGUGGAGGAAGGUGAUAUGUCAGUCCCAACAGAGGGAGUGUUUGGCUGUAGUGGAGAGGGUCGUCUUACAUCUCUGAAUCUCAACUGGGAAGAGCUCAUGUACAGCAAAAUUGUGGUUAAGCCUUUAUGAGCAUUCCGGAGCCAACCAACUCCUCAUUCCACCUUUAGACUCAGGCCACAGGUGGAAUCUGCAGCUGAAGUCGGUGAGGGUCUGGACUCUGCUGAGUCUGUUCAAAGCUUUGCUGCUACGCUUGUGCCUCUUCUGCUAGAAGUGUGGGUAGAGGCCAGUACAACUGACUGUCCCUGGAACAACACUGAGGGUGCUCACCUGCUCACUCCAGAUGCCAUGUCAGUUAUGUUCCAGGUUUUGUCUAUUCUGCAGUUACUGAGAAAACUGGCACCACAACAGGGGCAACAGGAUGAACUGGAUGCCUGGUUCCGUAAAGAAUACCUGGGAGACUUCAAACAGCACUUCAUGAAAAACUUUCCCUAUGGAACCCGGGACACACCCAAACAUAGAAAGAAGAUUGAUCUGAAAAGGAGUAAGCAGACUGCAGCCAUUCCUACAGUAACAGUGGAGCCUCUCGCCCUGAACAUCACACUUUGCCAGGUGAUGGUGUCCCUCAGCCAGAGGCAGGCACUCUCCAGAGAAACAGAUGGAGACUGGUUGACACCCCUGAGGAUGUUUGUUCGAGACACUCUGAGCAGUGGCGUUAAACUAAGCUACAGGCAGCUUCACAUGUUACUGGGCACUGUGUGGAAGAUGGUGCUGACACAGAGGAGUAAAACAGUGACAGAGGAUCUGUUGACAGCAGUCUAUACCUACUAUCAGCAGAGGCAUCUUACUCUGCAAACCAGAUCUCUACUGCUCUUUUACAGCAAGCUCUACCUGCAGGAGCAAGAACAUACCCACCUAGCCAGGAGUAAAGUGCUCUGUCACUGGUGGCAUCUCUUGCCUGUGCAGUUGUCCCAGUUGGGUCACCGUAACCCCAUUCUGUCUGCACAGCUGAUCCAGUCCAUUCAGGCUGCCGCUUCUCGAGGCAACAAAGACAUGCUCAAUAGUUUGCAGACACACGCUUGUAGGCUGUAUGAUCCACAGGAAGGAGUGGUGGUGUUGUUACCAGGGAGUCACAGCAAAAAGGUGCAACUGCUGUACUUCAUACCCAAGAUACCCAGUCUCUUCUGGCCAAUCUGAGCUGCUGCUGCAAUGCUGGGACGAAUCUCUGCUGGCCUUGCUGCCUCUCUGAUUCGUAUCAUACAUUUUAGGUCAUCUCUGAGCGGUUGGUCGGUGGGGAGCCAGGAAGCGGCCCUACGGGACGUGGACUACAUCAGCUUCCUGUUACUCCACCCUGACUGGGUUUCUCGUCCGACCAGCUUUGCUUCGCUGCAGGAGGCUGGCGAUGAGUGCGCCUUACCUCCCAGCCCUCUCUCACCCCAUCAGCCUUUACCCCACGUCGCUGGAGCAGUCACUCACCACUGGGAUGUUGUGGAGGAGGUGUGCCACUGUAUGGAGACUCUGGGUUCAAAGUCUCAGUGUUUCGACAUUGUUCAAAAUGGCAUCUGCAAAUACCUGGCCAAGUUGGGGGUGGUUCCUGACAGUAUGGCAGCUGGGCUGCUCAGAGCUGUGUCCAGAUUACUGGAUCUGUCCGUCCUACCCACUGAGCCUGUGCUGCGCUUCUUGUCUCAGUGCUGCCUCAGUCUGCUGGCUCUGCUGAUCACCCUGCAGCAGGAGGCACCUACUGACACCAACCACAAAAGGGAGGCCAUUUGGGGCGCUUGCGUUUCAGCACUGAGCACAAUUCCUCGUCUGCUGCGGAUGGUCCUGCAGUUGUUGCGUGUUGGAGAUCUGGAUGAGGAGGAGCUGCCGCAUCUCGGACAGAUCCUGUCGAUGAUGCUUCAGCACACGCCGCUCCACAACCAGCUGCUGGCUAACACUGCUCUGCUGCAAGAUAUCAUACAGCACCUCACGAGGUACUCCCGGGGUGCGACCAGAGAGCAGUGGCUGACAGACUUGCUUUACUGUUACAGUGUCACUGUGGCUCACAGCUCAUCAGUUCACCGUGGAAACCUGAGCCUUCGAGACAUGUACUGACCAACGUACAGGCCAGACCUGUACCUGAUGUGCAUCUCAGAAACAUUUUACAAAGAAAACACUCACAGAUUUCAGUGGGUACGGGUACAUAUUACAAAAUUUAACACAGGAAUACAGAAAAAAUUGCAUUUUGUACUUGUACUGUACACAUUUUUGCUUUAAGGAUUUUUCUGUUGUUGACUGCCUUUUUUUGCUUCUUUCUUAGUCAGUUAAAUGUUUGUUUACUUCUUGCUCCAGUUCAUACUGAGUUACACAAUUUAAAAAAAACUAAGAGGAGAAAAAAAAAAAUAAAGGCAAAAUAAAUUACA